AGAGGAGGCGUCGCGACUGGCCAUUAGUAGGGCUGGAUGCCCUAAGGGUAUCCCUAUAGUAGAACUUUAGGGCAGACGGAUACUCCUUAACAAGCAGGACUCUGCGACCGAAGGGUGCCCCUAUAGUAGGACUUGAGGACCGAAGGGUAUCCAUGAACAGUGAAACUGGAGGAUCCAUGGGUACCAUGAAUAGUAGGCCAUGAGGACCCAAAGGUACUCCCUAUAGUAGACCUUGAGAACCCAAGGGUAACCCCGUGUAGCAGACUUUGAGUACCCAAGGAUACCCCCUAUAGUAGAUGCUAGGGACUACAGGGUAUCCCCCUAUAGUACACCUUGAGGCCCGAAGGGUACCUCCCUAUAGUAGGCCUUGAGGACCCAAGGAUAUCCCCUAUAGUAGGCUUUGAGGACCCAAGGGUACCCCCCAUAGUAGGCCUUGAGGACCCAAGGGUACCCCGUAUAGUUAGCUUUCAGGACCCUGAAGGUGAGUUCUAAUGUUUCACCGGUUGAUCGGUGUAACUGGGGAUCGUUUCACCGGUUGAUCGGUGUAACCGGGCAUCGUUUCACCGGUUGAUCGGUGUAACCGGGCAUCGUUUCACCGGUUGAUCGGUAUAGCCGGGCAUCGUUUCACCGGUUGAUCGGUAUAGCCGGGCAUCGUUUCACGGGUUGAUCGGUGUAACCUGGGAUCGUUUCACCGGUUGAUCGGUGUAACCGGGGAUCGUGGGUGUGGGUGUGGGUGUUGGUGGGUGUGGGUGUCGAUGUGGAUGUUAUUGAUUAACAACACAAAAGCCGCAUUUACACCCACACCCUACACCCACACACCCACACCCACACCCACACCAACACCCACACCCAUACUCACACCCACACCCACAUCCAUACCCACACCUACACCCACAUCGACACUCACACCCACACCCUGUUUCUCUUUUUAGUACCGCUAAGCUCUGAUGUUCUUAAUCCAGACUCCCGGUGGGAACAGAAUGGUGUCACUGUUGGCGCUGGCCAUGGUAAUGGUAGUGAUCUUAAUCAAGUUUGGGCACCUUUGGGCAUUUGUGUCGAUGAAAAUCAAAAUGUUUUUGUUGUGGACUCAGUCAAUAAUCGUAUUGUUGAGUGGAAAGUAGGUGCAAAAGAAGGUGUAUUAGCUUUCGGUGGCGAUGACUUCGUUGAAGGAUCAAAUAAGUUGGCUGGUCCAUCAGAUGUGAUUUUUGACCAAAGAAAUAACAAUUUUAUUAUUGCCGACUGUAAUAACCAACGAGUGGUUCGAUGGAUUCUUGGAGUCGAUACAGUACAUGAAAUAAUUGCUACAGAUAUCGAUUGCAAGGGUCUGGCUAUAGAUGAAAAUAAUUCUAUCUACGUUACUGACAAUGCAAGAGAUGAAGUAGUACGAUAUGAUGUUGGAGAUAGUGAAGGAACAAUAGUUGCUGGUGGAAAUGGAAAAGGUGACGGUCUCAAUCAAUUGAAUAGUCCCUAUCGUGUUUUUGUUGAUCAAGAUUAUUCAGUAUACGUUUCUGAUGAAGAUAAUCAUCGGGUCAUGAAAUGGACAGAUGGUGCUACAGAAGGAAUAGUCGUAGCUGGUGGUCAAGGAGCUGGUGGCAGUCUUUCACAAAUACAUUAUCCUCGAGGAAUUUUCGUAGACAACUUUGGUACUCUCUACGCAGUUGAUUAUGAAAACGCCCGUGUUGUACGUUGGUUGAAAGAUGCUGUACAAGGUGAAGUCAUUGUAGGUGGUAAUGGUGAGGGAAAACAAGCUAAUCAAUUAUGUUCGCCUAAUGGUAUUGCAUUUGAUAAUCAAGGAAAUCUUUAUGUUGUCGACUCAGGCAACGCUCGUGUUCAGAAGUUCAAUAUAAUUUGA